GGUCAAUUGUGAUAUAACGCCGUAUAAACAUGGCAGCAGGCUCGUUCGUCAGAGUUACACAGCGGCUCACAGCGAACAUCUGCAGAACCCGGCGUUUAUUUGCUUGCAGAAGUCCGCACAGACGUGGGAUAUCUUCGUGCAUUGACCCUUCCCACGGCCUCACAGAUGAACAGAAGGAGUUCCAGAAAGUGGCCUUUGACUUUGCCACCAAUGAAAUGGCUCCACACAUGGCAGAAUGGGACCAGAAGGAAGUGUUCCCAGUGGAGACCAUGCGCAAGGCGGCCCAGCUGGGCUUUGGGGGCAUCUAUGUGCAGCCGGACGUCGGGGGUUCCGGUCUGUCUCGCCUGGACACAUCUGUCAUCUUUGAAGCCCUGUCCACUGGAUGUGUCAGCACCACUGCCUACAUCAGUAUACACAACAUGUGUGCCUGGAUGAUUGACACCUUCGGCAGCGACGAGCAGAGGCAAAAGUUCUGUCCUCAACUUUGUUCAAUGGAGAAGUUUGCCUCUUACUGCCUCACAGAACCUGGCAGCGGUAGUGAUGCUGCUUCGCUCCUGACGUGUGCGCAGCGCCAAGGUGACCAUUAUGUCUUGAAUGGUUCCAAGGCGUUCAUCAGCGGAGGAGGAGACACUGAUGUUUACGUGGUCAUGUGUCGCACAGGUGCCAAAGGUCCUAAGGGCAUCUCAUGUAUAAUCGUAGAAAAGGGAACACCAGGCCUCAGUUUUGGCAAAAAGGAACAAAAGGUGGGGUGGAACUCGCAGCCCACCAGGGCGGUCAUAUUUGAGGACUGCGCCGUUCCUGUGAGCAACUUGCUGGGAGAUGAAGGUCAAGGCUUCACAAUUGCCAUGAAAGGACUGAAUGGUGGCAGGAUUAAUAUUGCUUCGUGUUCUCUGGGCGCGGCCCAGGCCUCAGUACAGUUGGCUCGAGACCACCUGUUGGUGCGUAAGCAAUUUGGUGAGACGCUUUCUAACAACCAGUUCCUUCAGUUCAAACUAGCAGAAAUGGCCACCGAUUUGGUGGCCUCUCGCCUUUUAGUACGCCAGGCCGCGAUUGCGCUACAGGAAGAGCGAGCAGAUGCUGUGCAGCUUUGCUCCAUGGCGAAGCUCUUUGCCACAGACCACUGUUUCAACAUCUGCAACCAGGCUCUCCAGAUGCACGGUGGCUACGGCUACCUAAAGGACUACGCCGUGCAGCAAUUUGUGCGCGACAUCCGGGUGCAUCAAAUCUUAGAAGGAACCAAUGAGGUUAUGAGGAUGAUCAUCGCACGCGAUCUUCUGACUGAGUCCUGAUAGAGUAGUGUAAAAAGGCUGAGGAACUGUUAGUAGUAGGGUUGGACUGGAGCAAUUUGAUCUGUAAAAGGCAGAUAUUCUUCAUCAAAUCAAAACAAGUACUGUCACUCCGUGGUGGAGUUUUGUUACUAAUGUUACUAAAUCAGAUUGGUAUAACAGAAAUCUGUCAGUCCGGUCAGCAUCUACAUUCAUUUGCAAUGUACUUGGGCUAGCCAGUGUUUGUAUCACAUAACUGUAACCAUUUUUCUUUACAUGGCCUUGCACAGCUUUUUACCAUUUUUGUUUUUCUUGCUGUUACUGAAUUGUAAUGAAGUACUGUACUUAGAUUAUGAAAUUAUAUUUGACUGUGAUACUCUAAAUAAAAUAUCAAACUUUGCCCCUCCAAAAUUGUAAUUUUACUAAAAGAUGGCACCCACUAUGUUCUCUACCUGAAUAUU